AUGGCAGAGACAGUUGAGCUUCGAGGUCAAAAGUUUGCCACAUACUUUAUUUCGCCGCCGCCUAGUAAACCAUUGGCUGUGUUUCAGCAUGGAAUAGGUUCAUCGCGACACACGUUCACGCAAUUGAUUGACUUUUUAUUAGCCAGUGAUCUGCAGCCCGGAAUAUUGAGCUUUGACGCAAGGAGCCACGGGGAAACCACGCCCAUUGAUCCGAGUGAGCCAUUAGAUUUAUAUGCCGAAACACUGGAAGAAGAUUUAGAGGCAAUUGUCAAGUAUUACCUUGAUAAAUACAGCAUUAAGGCACCGUUGUUGAUCAUUGGUCAUUCGAUGGGGGGAAAUAUCGCUUCGCAAUUAUGCAAAGCGAACAGAUUGCCUAACGUUCGGGGGCUGGUUGUAUUGGAUGCUGUUGAAGGCUAUGCGGUUCAGUCAUUGUCGUCAAUGCCGUCCCUUGUCAAGACCUGGCCUUCUUCAUUUGCCAGUCUCGAUGAGGCAGCCGAAUGGGGCGUCCGCAGCCGCCAGCUUCGCUCAAUUGAAGCAGCAAGAACAUCUGUCCCGGGCAUGCUCAAAAAUGUUGACGGCAGGUUCGUCUGGGUUUUGGACUUGCUGAGCACCAAGCCGUUCUGGGACAGCUGGUUCAAGGGACUAGAUCAAGCAUUUCUAGGCGCAGGCGCCUCGAGGUUACUUAUCCUGGCUGGAACAGGUCGAUUGGACAAAGAUCUGCUUCUAGGACAAAUGCAAGGCAAGUAUCAGCUUGUUGUGUUCAACGAUUGUGGCCACUUUUUACAUGAGGACCGACCAAACAAAGUUGGCCUAACAAUCGUGGACUUUUGGGAUCGAAAUGCCAAACCACCGGUAAUACCAAAAUUUGGAAAAUUUAGAGAUGACUAG